AUGGCAAACUCUACCAAUGUUGGAAAAAAGAUGGCCUUGCUCAUCGCAGUCCAAUCUGUGAAUAAAAAAGGCUUCCUUCCCUUGCAGCAUGCCCACGAGGACGCUGAAUCGCUCAAACGCCUCCUUAUCGAUAAGUUCGAUUACCCUGAAGCGAAUGUUGUCUUGAUGAAGGAUGAUGUGAAGCUCCCAAAACAUCUCUGGCCCUCACGGGAUAACAUGCUCAAGCAAAUCACUAAAAUGGUUACAAAUGCAUCCGCAAAUGACUGUUUUUUCUUUUAUUAUUCCGGUCACGGAAGCCAAGUAACUUGCAAGCACCACACGGAAACAGAUGGAAUGGACGAAGUCAUAUACGCGUACACUGGCUGCUAUAUUAUUGAUAACAAACUAAGAAAGGCACUGGUAGAGCCUUUACCUCGAGGCUGUACACUUUUCGCACUGUGGGAUUCAUGCCACUCUGAGACAAUUUUGGACCUGGAACACUACAAGUGCAAUAAGUUAUUGUCUGGAGAUGCUGUGAGGACUCGGCGAAAGUCAAUCACGGGGCGCUUCUUGCCGGGUUUCGUGUCGAGGCCAAGGACACUCCUCGUCAACCAACAACCUCUACCGCGUGGCCGUGCGGGGAAUCCUUCACUAACGUUAAACAGCAUUCUAAUGCGACCUCAAUCUCCCAGCUGGAUUCCGCGCAUGUUUAUUGACAACUCACCUGCUGCUCUCCGUCGGGUUUUGUCCCCAGUCUCUUUGUUCAAGUGUACGGGUGACUGUCAGAAUAUGAAACCAGAAGAGCAGGAAGCAGCGCAUGUAGUUUCAUUGUCGGCGUGUCGUGAUAAUGAAUAUGCGUAUGAUGACAAUGAGACUCGUGGCACUGUGACUAAGUUUUUCAUUGAAUGUGUAUCACAAGAUCCCAAACCAUCGUUGUUCACCUUGCUCACACACAUCAAGUUCGGGUUCCAUCUUUUACCUGAAUCUUCCUGA